AUGGCAGCAUCUACUCCCUUAGCAUUUGCGGUCCGACGAUGCGAACCUGAAUUGGUUGCCCCAGCUAAAGCCACUCCUCAUGAACUCAGACAGCUUUCUGAUAUUGAUCGCCAAUUAUACCUCCAAUUCCAAUCACCGAAUUACAACUUGUAUGCACACAAUCCCUCAAUGCAAGGGAAAGAUCCCGUGAAGGUAAUAAAAGAGGCGAUUGCACAAACACUUGUUUAUUAUUACCCUUUUGCUGGUAGGAUUAGACAAGGGCCAGACAAUAAGCUUAUAGUUGAAUGUACUGGGGAGGGUGUUUUGUUCAUCGAAGCCGAUGCUGAUGCUACAGUUGAGCAGUUUGGUGAUCCAAUCCCAUCUCCAUUCCCUUGCUUUGAAGAACUUCUAUACAACGUCCCAGGAUCUGCAGGGAUCCACAAUACCCCAUUAUUGUGUUUUCAG